AUGCAGAUUCCGUCUGAGACUGCGCUGUCGAACGCAUACCCGGGAGGGCAGUUAUUGCGCGGAGAAGAGGCAACCGCAAAUUCGCUGACGAGCGACCACGUCAACUGCGUGCCUACACGGCGAGAGGGAAACGUCAUGAACUCAAACCACAACGGCACCCUCGCGAGGUCAAUCCCAUUCUUCGGCUUUGACGGCAUACGAGCAAGAGUGUGCGGGAGGAAGGUAUACGUCAACGACACUUGUGUUUGCGAGGUCGAGGGAGUGGCUACCCUAUGUCGUAUUUUGGAGAUCUUCUACGAUGGAGAACGUCGGUUGGUGCUAGUAACCGUGCGGCUGUUCAGGGGGGUGAGCGAGGUACGGGGCGUGGGGAAUGAGGAGAGACGUGGCGGACUGUUACGGGUGUGGGAGGGUUGCACCUGCAAACUGGAGUUGAAGGCCAACGAGGUUCUGGGGCUGGUUGAGAUGGAGACGCCGCACGAGAUGGCGGCAGCUGGCCACCCGUACCCAUGGGACCGCUUUUUUGGGGAAGGUUUUGUAAGACAGACCGGUACAAAGCGAGCACUGCAGAGUAACGCCAGGCCUAAGCCGUUCGCGGUGACGGAGUCCUCGUGGUGCGCCGAGGGGCCCGCAAACAGGCCGCUUUGGGGGCUGCGACGUGAGGGCGUACAUCUCAACGACAUGAAUCUGCCCUACUACUCCGCGCCGACGGUGUUUCACUGCGAUGCAUUCAACGCCUUUGGAAUGGGUUGCAAGCAUUCCAUAGGAGGGUCCUACUUUGGAUGGGCUUGGCGAACGCCAGCGGUUCAGCGGUUGAACCAUCGAACGCACGUCGGCACUCUCGCGAGCCCGGGAGCUUGCAGCCAGGGAGAGACCGGCCUGCAGUGCGAAAUACUCGGACUGCUACAAAAUGGAUGCCUGGGGCGGUGCAAGCUGACAGACGAAGAAGGGGCGGCGUUUGAGCAAGAGGUUUUCGUGCGUGGCGGUCUGCUGCUGAUGUGUGGGGAUGGACAAGGGCGCUCGAAAUUUCUCGGCACGAAGGCUCCCAACAGCUGGUCCAAACAUCCGUGCGCGUACUGCAUGGUGAGUCAACGCGACGAUGAUACCGGCGGCGAUCUGGGGAACCCAAGGUUCGACAUCGACAAGCACCGCCGCACAUGGGGCCAGAUAACGGAUGGCUUGUCCGAGUUGGAUGCCCUCGCGGAUGUCCCUCGCGAGCAGGAUCGACGCUCAAGAGACCUGGGACUGGUUCCGCCGGAUGCGUCAGGGCUCCCCCUCCCUCUAUACACCGCCAUGCGCAUUGUUCCGACGGAGAACGUACCCGUCGAGCGACUGCACUUCGAUGCGCUGGGGCAAAGUCAGCUUUGCCAGGUGUUCUUCUUGGAGAUGCUCUCCACUACAGGUCGCCGGCUUGUCUCAGCCAUCAUGGCCCAGAAGCCGUCUUUACUCUACCCACCCGGAACACGGAAGCUGAAGGAUGUCGUGACCAACUACGCUUCUCUGAAUGGCAGCGACAAGUGGACACUGCAAUCGAUCAUUCUUCUCAUAUUCCGGAUGGUUCUCCAGGAUGUUUCGGCAAUGAGGAGAAACAUGAAGACACGGGAGAUCAAGGACCUCGUCACGGAGUGGGGAACGUACGACAAGGUCUUGGAGGCGCUGCGGGAGCUUAUGAAACGGGCGUCUCUCCUGUCGUUCGCCCUCCGCGCGCCAUCUUUCACCGACCCGGAGCUACGGCAACUCGACAAACUCGCGCGUGACGCGGAAUAUGUCCGGACGCCAGCACGGGUGAACACACCCACCAGGUGAGCAAGUCUGGAAGGGGUGUGGACUGCGGUAAGAGCCCUUUACUGCACAUGGCUAAGCGGGCGAACGUCAACAGCGCAUUCUUGGCGAUAUCCAACGGGGUGCCGUACAGAGUCACUAAGUACAACCGACAGACAAAAAUGCAUGAGAUCGUCACCGUUCGACCUGGUGAUGGCUGUGUCCGGCUCAUGCAGUCGCUGGCGAGCUUCCUCGGCCAUGACCGCGUGCCCACAGACAUUCACGCCUAGGCGGUUCAGACGCCAGCACAGCUUAGCGGACAGUACCCGGGAUCUGCGGUUCGGACCGCUUCUCUGUUCAACAACGGGGACGAGCAGCAGCUAGAUGGCGACU